AUGGCUGGUGACGAUCCCGCCGAGCGCUACGCCCGCUACCUGGAGCUGCUGGGCGACGAGAAUUUCCGUGUCGAAUGCCAAGAAUGCGAUGGCCAUGACCGCUGCGCCAAGCCAAACGGGUGGAGCCCACUCACCCUGCUCGAACACAUGGCCAUCAAGCAUUCGGAGUGCCGGGUCCAAGUAUUCCCGUUCCGUUGUGAACACUGUCGACUGGGCAUGAUGAACCUGACGUACGCACAUCACCACUCGUUUGGCACCCACGGCCGUCCUCACAAGGUCCGUACGAUUGAUCCGCAGACGGCCUUCAAGAGCUUCCGGCGCGACCUGCUCGCGUUGAAGGAUGAACAUUUCGAGCAGCGCGAUGUCGAGCGCAAGGCGAUGGCGUCGAUUAUGGUGGCCAUGGAGGAGCAGAUGAAGAAGACGGCUGUCGGCAUCCCGGCCGACUACGAGCCGCAGUCGCCGCAGUACGGGGAUGUGCCGAUGGAAGAUGCGUAUGAAAAGCGCCGCCCGCCACCCAAACCUCGUCACAAUGUGGGCGGCAGCCUCUCCUAUGCGAACACGGACAGCGGCUACUAUGCAAGGCCGCGCCCAGUGAGGAGGGCUGAUAUCCGCGACGCUGGCCGCCUUGACCGCCGCGUUGCCCCGUACCCUCCGCGUGCCGAGCCGCCUCGCCAGUACUCGACCGUGCGCACGCCGUAUUACGAAGAGGAGCAGGCCACCUAUCGACGCCCGGACAACAAUAAUACUGCGCCGAAUUGGCCCCCGGAAACGACGAAAUCGCCGCCCGACGAGGAGUACGACUUCCCGGAGCGCGACGCUCAAUUCAACGAUGAUGAGAUGCCACCGCCUCGCCAAGGCUACAGUGAGCACGAGCCGACGAUGGUCGAGGACGGCCGGGAGCAGCAGCAAGAGCCGACGCGCCCCGACGUCUACCAGCCGAGGACCCCCACUUAUGUCGAAGAACAGGAAGCGGCCGAGCAACAUCUACAAACACGAUACCCGCUGAAAGAUCCGCGUAUCUGGAACACGCCAAUGACACCCAAACCGCCCCCAUUGCGCCCGCCGCGUCGCGACGACGACCCGCUCAACACUUCCUUCCGCUCGAAGACGUCUUACGUUCAACAGAACGGCGAAAAUGCGGCGGAGACGGAUGCGGCCAAGAAGACAACAACGCCAGCUGCUGCUGGCGCAUCAACAUCGCAGAGUCCGGCCGGCCAGAGCCAGCCUCAGAGCGCCACGGCCCGUCGAUCUGCUCGCACGCCGCCUCCGCUACCAGAUAAAAAGAGAACCGGUUCGACACCGGCGAAGGGCACAAGUCAAGGCGGGAAAUCUCCAGGAAGGGCAUCGUCGUCGAGCCAGAACGAACGGGAGCCGUUUUGGAUGGUUGCUCGGCGUUGCUCGGCGGCUACUUUACAAUCGACGGAACGGGGCAAACGCGAGGAUAGUUGUCAGCUGGAGGCAGAGAAGGAGACCACG